AGUACGGAGAGAGGGGUGCGUUCUCGCUUCCGUGCUACGAGGCACUUGAGCCGCAGCCAGCCUUGCCCGGCUCCCAGCCUCGUUGCGGCUGCGCGUUUGUGCUGCCUGCGCUGAUUGGCCCGACUACCUGAAGGGAGGGAGGAGAAGUGAGGGAACUCCGUCGUCCUCGGCGCGCACUCGCCCGCGGCCGAGAACCGAGCGUCUAGGAGGCUGUUCCUCACUGCCUCGUUUCGGACUUAGCCGAAAGGGGCAGGGCAGAAGGGAGGCGACUCAGACACGCCGCGGAGACAGCGCGGCCUCCGCCGCUGCGUGCGUGCACUUGCUAGCGUGGGCUCAGUGCUGGCGCGGGCGGCGGAGGCGGGCGGCGGCGGCGCCUGCGCGGUCGAGCUCGGUCGACAGUUCGCAGGGGAGGAGGCGGCGGGAGGCGGAGGAGGCGGCGGCGGCGAUGGAGGUGAAGCGGCUGAAAGUGACCGAGCUGCGGUCGGAGCUGCAGCGGCGGGGCCUGGAUUCGCGCGGCCUCAAAAUGGAUCUGGCGCAGCGGCUUCAGGAGGCACUGGAUGCUGAGAUGCUGGAGGACGAGGCCGGCGUUGGCGGGGCCGGGCCCGGCGGGGCCUGCAAGGCGGAGCCUCGGCCUGUGGCCGCGUCGGGCGGAGGCCCGGGCGGGGACGAGGAGGAGGAGGACGACGACGACGAGGAGGAGGACGAGGAGGCGCUGCUUGAGGACGAAGACGAGGAGCCACCUCCUGCUCAGGCUUUGGGCCAGGCCUCGCAGCCGCCUCCGGAGCCCCCGGAGGCGUCAGCCGUGGAAGCCGAGCCCGAAGCUUCCGACACACCGGCGGAGGCCACGGCCGGGUCAGGUGGGGUAAAUGGUGACGAAGAACAUGACAACGGCAAGGGGGAGGAAGACGGGCCGGAGGAACGGAGCGGAGACGAGACGCCGGGAUCCGAGGCACCGGGUGACAAGGCCGCAGAGGAACAAGGAGAUGACCAAGAUAGUGAAAAGUCAAAACCAGCAGGCUCAGAUGGUGAGCGGCGGGGGGUAAAGAGACAGCGGGAUGAAAAGGAUGAACAUGGCCGAGCUUACUAUGAAUUCCGAGAGGAGGCUUACCACAGCCGCUCAAAGUCCCCACCACCUCCAGAAGAAGAAGCAAAAGAUGAAGAAGAGGAUCAGACGCUUGUGAACCUGGACACAUAUACCUCCGAUCUCCAUUUUCAAAUAAGCAAGGACCGAUAUGGAGGCCAACCACUUUUCUCAGAAAAAUUCCCUACCCUUUGGUCUGGGGCAAGAAGUACUUAUGGAGUAACAAAGGGAAAAGUAUGCUUUGAGGCCAAGGUUACUCAGAAUCUCCCAAUGAAAGAAGGCUGCACAGAAGUUUCUCUUCUUCGAGUUGGGUGGUCUGUUGAUUUUUCCUGUCCACAGCUUGGUGAAGAUGAAUUCUCUUAUGGUUUUGAUGGAAGAGGACUCAAGGCAGAAAAUGGGCAGUUUGAGGAAUUUGGCCAGACUUUUGGGGAGAAUGAUGUCAUUGGCUGUUUUGCUAAUUUUGAGACUGAAGAAGUAGAGCUCUCCUUUUCCAAGAAUGGAGAAGACCUGGGUGUGGCAUUCCGGAUCAGCAAGGAAUCUCUGGCAGAUCGAGCUCUCCUACCCCAUGUCCUCUGCAAGAACUGUGUUGUAGAAUUAAACUUCGGUCAGAAGGAAGAACCGUUUUUCCCACCACCAGCAGAGUUUGUGUUCAUCCAUGCUGUGCCUGUUGAUGAGCGUGUGCGGACUGCAGUCCCUCCCAAGACCAUAGAAGAGUGUGAGGUGAUUCUGAUGGUGGGACUUCCUGGAUCUGGAAAAACCCAAUGGGCACUGAAAUAUGCAAAAGAAAACCUUGAGAAAAGAUACAAUGUCCUGGGAGCUGAGAGUGUGCUUAGUCAAAUGAGGAUGAAGGGGCUUGAGGAGCCAGAGAUGGACCCCAAAAGCCGAGACCUCUUAGUUCAGCAAGCCUCCCAGUGCCUUAGUAAGCUGGUCCAGAUUGCUUCCCGAUCAAAGAGGAACUUCAUUCUUGAUCAGUGUAAUGUAUACAACUCUGGCCAACGAAGGAAGUUAUUGCUAUUCAAAACCUUCUCCAGGAAAGUUGUGGUAAUUGUCCCUAAUGAGGAAGAUUGGAAGAAAAGGUUGGAGUUGAGAAAAGAAGUGGAGGGAGAUGAUGUGCCCGAGUCUAUAAUGCUGGAGAUGAAAGCCAACUUCUCUCUGCCUGAGAAAUGCGACUAUAUGGAUGAGGUGACAUAUGGGGAGCUGGAAAAAGAGGAAGCUCAACCCAUUGUUACUAAAUACAAGGAGGAAGCAAGGAAGCUGUUGCCCCCCUCUGAAAAGCGGACAAACCGCCGAAACAACCGCAAUAAGAGAAACCGGCAGAACCGAAGCCGAGGCCAAGGCUAUGUGGGCGGGCAGCGCCGAGGCUACGACAACCGGGCCUACGGGCGGCAGUACUGGGGGCAGUCUGGAAACAGAGGGGGCUACCGUAAUUUCUAUGAUCGAUACAGGGGUGACUAUGAACGAUUCUACAGUGCUCGAGAUUAUGAGUACAACAGAUACAGAGACUAUUACAGACAAUACAACCGGGAUUGGCAGAAUUACUACUACCACCACCAACAGGACAGAGACCGAUACUACAGGAAUUACUACGGUUACCAAGGGUAUCGGUGAAGCCUCUGCUGUUUUCGCCUGUCAGCCAUGAAGCUGAGUCUCUGGGGGUGCCAGGCACCCCCCCCCCCAAAAAAAAAAAAACCACAACCAAGGAAAACAGGGGCUGUCGGGGUUGGGCUGAGCUGCCGGGGAGGGGUGGUUGGGGGGAGGGUGUGCAAGCAGGGGUUGGGGAGGGGGGAAGUGGAAACAAACAAAACUGUACAUUUUUUUUAAAGUUUGUUGAAAAGAAUAUUGUCUUAUUCUAUAAAACAUUUCAAACCUAGUUAGGUUAUUUGUAAUCAAAAAACAUUUGCACAGAAAGCAGCACUUACGGCUGCCUGUUCUGUACCCUGCAGCUGGAUAGGAAAAUAACUAAAAAUGGCACCCUCCAACAUUCUAAGACAGCUGGACUGGUAGCCCAGUAAGAGAGAGUGGGAGAAGGGGAACAACAUGAGAGAACUCUGCAUAGCAGGCAGGAGUGGGGACAGAGGAGAUAGGAGCAGGGGCAGAGGGAGUGUGACCAGGGCAGUGGAAAUAAACAAUUGGCUCUUUAUCAAUCACUUGCACCAACUAACCGUUUGUAUUUUCUUUACCAACUUUUCCCUUUUGGGAUAUUUAGUCUAUGAAGAUGGGAGGCCCCAAUGUCCCAUUGUCCAUUUUGUUGUGCCUUUGUGCUGUCUGUCCAAGGCACAGAGACUGCUAGUUGGGUGGUUCUAUUAUAUAGGAUUCCCAGGCAAGGGGAUACGGAGACUGCAGAGCAGAAUAAUUUGUCCCCAUCCAUAUUAUACUCCAUGAAUUCCUGUUAAGUCUGGAGGAAAAUGGGAACACAGCCCUCAGUCUGAAGGUAGUGAUUUGCCAGUCCCUAGUCUCUGUCUUCCAAGUUGAUAGAGGCAAGAAAGCUCUAGAAUCAUUUGCUAAGAUUGCCUGCCUCUUAUAGUGUGAGGGAAGGAUGAUUCUCAGGGUUUCAGUUCACAGAAACGCAGCAAGAUGCUAUUCACUGCGUCAGGAUAUGUAUAUAGGUGAAUCCUGUGGUGUGGGCUGUCAGGCCCAGGUGCUGAGAAUAGCAACUAUUUUAUACAGUGUGAGGGACUCUGCCCUGCCACUGUUUUUUUUGUUUGUUUGUUUUGUUUUGUUUUUGUUUUUGUUUUGAUACACAGAGUGGGUAGAAAAGGGGUGCGGGGGAGGCAGCUCAGUAGGGCUGCAGAAACUUGGGAAGACUAUAUGAAUGUGUGUGUGAGUGUGUGCAAGGGAGCACCUUUUCCUAACUUGUUGAAACAGGAUUCCUUCUGGGGUGUUUCCCUUUGAGUCUUUAGAGACUCAUAAAGAGUCUUCAUUUUGGGAUCAUAUAGUUUAACUUUUAACAACACCUUCCCAGUUCUUGACAGAACAGCUACAGGUUUCUGGAUUCAAGAAUGUGGGCAGGAUAUGGCAAUGCUCUUUCAAUAUUUAGCGUCAAUUUAAAUCAUCUUGCUUAGCUAAAAGCUUACUCAGCAGCAGCAUCCUACAGUACUUCCUGGUGAUAAAACCUCUGGGCUGAGCUACUAGAACAUACUUUACUUCCACUUCCUCACCUAAGCAGUUAGAUCUCUUGUUUAAACUUAUGCUGAGAUUUGGAUCUUUCUUGUCCUGAUGUUUUCACUGUUCAGUGCUUCUCGGAUGUGCAGACCCUUGCUCUGACUCUGGUUUGUUAUGACACACCCUUCUGCUCAAGGACCUCUUUCCAAAGGCCAUAGUGGGGACUGGAAGGAGACAAACUUGCUUAUACUGCACCUGUCCCUUAUGGUGCCACAAACAGACCUGUUUGUGGCAGUGGGUGGAAUGAUUGCAUGCAUCUUUUCUAACUCACUGACAUUAACUAUUAAAGGAGUUUGAGAAAGCAUUGUUUAUAAUGUCAGGGCAAAAAGGUAAAAACUGGAGCCCAAAGAAAUCCCUUUAGGGGACAAGAUUAUGUUAUAAUAGAAAACUUACUUUCUGGAGGCAGAAGCUCCCACUUAAGAUGUUUAGUCCUCCAACAAAUAAUACUUUUAUAGUAGUCUGUGACCUGGAUUUGGAUGAUAGGGCCCUUAGAUAGGCACAAACUUAACACAGAGGUUUGGGGCAAUGGGCUAGAGAGUAUAACUUGUUACUGAUUUUUUGACACUAGAAAAGUCAAAGUCUCCUUUUUAAAAAGCUGUUUUUCUAGUUGAAUGGAGAAUGAAACUGCCACACCUUUGUUGGGUCUGUCCAGGAGGUCUCCUGCAUCAAAGUGGAUGUCUGCAUUUUGUUUCUGUCUUGUGUUUUUAUUAUGAAAAGAAAUGUUAUGGGGGUGGGGGUAGAUUAUGGUAACAGGAGGAAUCCCUGGCUUUGUUUUCCUUCAAAGACUUAUUUAGUGUUUAUCAGACGUCUGUUGUAGUUGUAGAUGGAAAAGCUUAUGAGAAAAACAAACACCACAUGGAGCCUGUAAGUGUUUUUGCACAACCUGUAAAACAUUCUUGGAAGUGGCCAGUGAAAAAAGUGGGGGGGGGGUACCAUUUUAAAAAUGUAACUGUCAUUGUUUACAUCUGUAACUCUACCCUGUUCUCAUUACAUCAUUCUGGCAAAAAAAUGUAGGCACAGUAGUUCCAGUUUUAGAAUAAAUUACCAUUUGGAUUGAA